ACCGCGCGUGAUGUUCAGUUUAAUUUUCUUUCCCCACCGCUGCUGCUCAUUUUUAACUAAUCUGGGUCGAUAAUUUAAUAUCAAGGAGGAAGAAAAACUGAAGAAGUAAAGAUUUAAUGCAAAUUAACUUGCAUCUACACUUCUUCAAGCUAUGUCACUUACAACGAAAACUAAGAUAGUUAUCUUAGCCGGUGUAUCAGCUCUGGCUGGUUUGAUUUUGGCCACAAGUUACUUCAAACGUCGCAGACGGGGCCAGAGACAACGAUUUCUGUCACCAAGAUCAAACCUUCCAGUUAGCAGCCAUCAUGACACACUUCACACAAAUGGACCAGUUCCACAGACAAGUCGCACGCGGAGAGCCCUCAUUAGCCCACAGGUGGAAUCACCCAAAGGAUUUGCGAGAUUAUCACGACUUUCCCGCUCCACUUCCCGUAAAUCCAUCAUAUCAGCCAUAGCAUCAAGGACCUCCCAUGCCUCCAUGUUCAACGACAGUCUGAAUGGCUCAGUAAAUUCACUUCUCAGUGAUGCAGCCUCGACUAAAUCUGGCGAGAGGACUCCGACUAAUGAACCGAUUUCAGUUGAGAGACUUUUCCAGUUAGGUAUGGAGUCAUUUGAUAAUGCAGUGUCCUUCUGGGAGGACGCGAUGGAUCUUAGAGUCGUCCAAGACAUUGAGGAAGAUGGUAACUCAGACGAGACAAGUAGGGAAAGCAGCAAGACAGAGUUGACGUACUCCUUGGAGAAACUCUUGACAAGUGUCUACCAUCUUCAGGAGGAGUGCGAGGGUGUGGCACUCAGUAUGCCUAAUCUUGCCUUCACAUCCUCCGAGAUGCGAAGCAUCGCUGAUGAAAUCUCAACGUUGAGAGAACAGAGAGAGAGGGAUGAGGAUGCGUCAUCUACAGAUUCCUUUGUCUCGGCAACAGAGUUAGAGGAGCUAGAACAAGAGUUGAGUGCUUCAUCAUCAGGGCAGGUUUCUCCGUCUUCAUCAUCUGCCUCUUUAAGUAGCAAACCAAGACCAAGGAAGAAUGAAGUUUAUGAGAAUUCUCUUCUUGCAGUCCGGGAAGGUGUAAUCGAGUGUAGGAGAAUAAGGACCAAGAUGCUGCGCUGUCGUAGCGAUGAAGAUUUCCUUGCCAAAUUGCACUGUAUAAGAUUAGCAAUGACUUUGCUUCUCGAAGACCAGAGCAUUGCUGACUGGUUUGUUCUAAUGGGGAAGCAACUAAUAGGCGACCUUCUCGUCAAAGCAAACUAUGACACAGAAGAAUUUGAAGAAGCAUUUGAUGAACUAAUGAAAUACGUCAGGGAUCCACAGAAUUUUAAGGAAAUUGAGAAAGAACUUAGGGCAAGAAAGGUUCGCUUCUUGUCCUUCUACGAUAUUGUCUUGGAUUUCCUUCUCCUGGAUGCAUUCGAUGAUCUUGAAGACCCACCGACAUCAAUCACAUGCGUCACACAAAACAGAUGGUUAUCAAACAGGGUCAAGGAAACAGCCGUCUCUACAGCAGUGUGGUCUGUCCUAGCAGCUAAACGCAGAAUGCUUAAGAACCCUAAGGGUUUCUUGGCCAAGGUUUAUUUGAUCUCUUACCAUGUGACGCCAGCACUAGCGUGGGGCUUCCUUGGCUCAGACCACCAUCUUAAACAUCUGAUGGAAUUCUUUAAGGAACAAGUGUUGGGCUUCGCACGGGAUAUGUUUUCGUUGCGGAAGUGUCGAUAUUCAAGUUUGGCAGAACUUGGAGAUGACAUCUUGGCACUGGCUAAACACUACAGCACAAUAGCAUCACAAAAGCUAAGUUCAUGAUGAAAGUCAACUGCAAUUUUUAUGUUAUUUUAUCUUGAAAAAAUCCCAAGUGGUUCUGCAGCUAGUACGAUUCAUCAAGGCUUUCAUUUUUUGCUGAUAAAAAGAUUUUAACAUAUAUUUUGCAUGUUUGUCUAUUAUAAAAAAUACUGUACUUACUUUUUAUUUGUCAUGGAUUCAAGGCUUUUCCCAGAUUUGCAAAGCUCUGUGGAUUGAGUUAAAUUCCAUUCAUUAAGUCAUGUUUUUAUCGGACAUUUUUUAUUUAAAACAAAAAGGAAUAAUGAUGUACUGUUGCCAAAAUGUUUUUAAAAUCACCUUUAUUGUCUACAAAAAUUCAACAUUACACAUAUCUACCUUAAU